AUGUCGGACCAAACGAACCCUAUAUUCACCCACUAUACCUUUGCAGAUGCCAUCAAAGAACUUCCUCUCUCCGCUCUCUUCGCCAAAGCCUCUGAGCUUCAAAACUCCAUCGCCCACCUGCACCGCUCCAACGAUGAAAUGAAAAUAUUCAUCACUGAAUCCUGCGAAUCAGAAGAAGACAAGCGCGAGAUUGAAGGCUACGUAUCGGAGAACGAAGGUGUUCUUGUGAGGUUCACUGAGCGCAUCGCGUUGUUGAAGGCGGAAGUGGAGAGGCGGGGUCAGCAGUGGAUUGAGGUUGCGAAUACGAAUGGGACGGAUACGAAUAAGGACAAUACAGAUGCGCAGCCAUCAGAAACUCAACCCGUAGUUAACGGAACCGUUGGCAACGAGGCGCGUCGUGACGGCGCAGAUCAAGAGACGGGGAAUAGAGACGCAGAGGGACAAAACGGAAUCUAUCUGUGA